CAUGAAGAAAUGACUAACAGGAAUAGUAGAUUUGGCUUUUAUUGUAAGCCGGAUCAAGUUUGUUAUGGGACUCUUAUUGAUGGGCUCUGUAAAGAUGGGUUGGUAGAAAAGGCCGAAAGAACUUUUCUCGGAAAUGAAAGCUGUAGGGAUUCCUCCAGAUGUGUAUGCUUAUAACUCUCUGAUACAUGGUUUGUGCUGGGAUGGAAAAUGGGAAGAGGCUAAUGGUUUGUUUACUGAGAUGGUAGAUCAAGGGGUCCGACCUAAUGUGGUUACAUUCAAUGGGUUCAUGGAGGUGCUUUGCAAGCAGGGAAAGAUGCAUGAAGCUAAUGAUUUUCUAGAACUGAUGAUUCGGAGCGGUGAGAGUCCCAACUCAUAUAUAUACACUAAUUUUAUAGCCGGCUUCUGUAUAGCAGGUAGGUUUGAUGAAGCAAAGGAACUAUUUCUUUCUAUACCAAGUAAAGGGUGUGAAACUGUUGGUCAUCACUUCAGUGCAUUGAUAAACGGGUAUUGCAAGAAGAGGAAGACUGAGGAAGCUAUAAAUCUUUUUAGGGAAAUUGUUAAUAAGGGAGUUAGGUCCUCAAUAAAAACAUACAAUGCCUUAUUAACUGGUCUUUUCCAGGCAGGUAAGGUUGAUGAAGCACGCAAGAUGUUGAAAGAGAUGCAAGUUCAAGACCUGGCCCCAAAUGCAACUACUUAUAUUAUAUGUUUGGAUGGGUUUUGCAAGAAUGAUUGUGUACCAGAGGCCUUGAAACUUUUUCAUAAUUUGGAAAGAUGUAAGUCUGGACUAAGCAUUGACAUCUUCAACUCCCUCAUUAAUGGAUUGUGUAAAACUGCAAAGCUUGAAAUUGCUUUGGAGCUGUUUAACCAAUUGCCUCACAUGGGUCUGGUGCCUAAUGUUGUAACAUACACCAUCAUGAUCAACGCCCUUUCUAAGGGAGCACUAUUAAAGAAGGCAAAUGAUUUGCUUCUAGAAAUGGAAGAAAAGGGUUGUGCUCCAAAUAUUGUUACAUACAAUACGCUAAUGCGUCAUUUUUUGGAAAAUAGUAAGUUGUCAAAUGUUGUUGAACUUCUUCAUAAAAUGGCAGAGAAACAUGUUAAACCAGAUGCUUCUACAUUCUCCAUUGUGAUAGACUUACUCUCCAUGGACCAAAAAUAUCGUGAAUGUUUAGACUUACUUCCAGCCUUUUUACCCCCCAAGAACUUGGUUAUACGUUUGGGAAUAAUGGCUUGUGUUAGGAAGGUACAGAUCAAGGUCACAGGAACCAUAGGUGAUCCCCAUUUUUUGUAUAGUAGAGGUCAAUCAGGAGUAGGGGUGGUGAUUAGGAAUAACCUUGGUCAGAUGAUGGGAGCUCUGUUCAUGCCCAUCACCUAUCACACAUCAUCAUCAGAUGAGGGUUUUAGACCAGAUGUUGUCACUUAUAACUCCUUGCUCAAGGGUUUGUGUGCAGAAAACAAAAUUGUUGAGGCAACCAGGUUGUUUAAGAAAAUGGUGAAGUUGGGGUGUCGGCCUAGCAAGUAUACUUGUUCCAUUUUGAUUCAGGGGUUGUGUAAAAUUGGAAAUGCGAGCAUUGCAGUUAAGUUGCAUGAAGAAAUGACUAAGAGGAAUAGUGGAUAUGGCAUUUAUUGUCAGCUGCAUCAAAUUUGGUAUAAUACUAUAAUUGAUGGGCUUUGUAAAGACGGAAUGGUAGAAAAGGCAAGAGAACUUUUCUCAGAAAUGAAAGAUGCAGGGAUUCUUCCAGAUGUGUAUGCUUAUAACUCUCUAAUACUUGGUUUAUGAUAUGAUGGAAAAUGGAAAGAGGCUGAUGGUUUGUUUACUCAGAUGGUGGAUCAAGGGGUUAGGCCUAACGUGGUUACAUUUAAUGUGUUGAUAGAUGUGCUUUGCCUGAACGGAAACAUACAAAAAGCUUAUGAUAUUCUAGAACUGAUGAUUCGGAGCGGUGAGAAUCUCGACUCAUAUGCAUACACUAGUUUGAUAACUGGCUUCUGUAUAGCAGGUAGGUUUGAUGAAGCAAAGGAACUAUUUCUUUCUAUUCCAAGUAAAGGGUGUGAAAUUAGUAAUCAUAACUUCUGUGCAUUGAUCAAUGGGUAUUGCAAGAAGUGGAAGACUGAGGAAGCUACAAAUCUUUUUAGAGAAAUUGUUUGCAAGGGAGUUAGGCCUUCAGUUGAUACCUACAAUGCCUUAUUAACCGGAAUCUUCCAGGAAGGUAAGGUUAAGGAUGCCAGCAGGGUGCUGCACAAGAUGCAAGUUCAAGGCCUGUCACCUAAUUCAACUACUUAGGUCAUAUGCGUGGAUGGGUUUUGCAAGAAUGAUUGUGUUCUAGAGGCCCUGAAGCUUUUUCAUAAUGUGAAAAACUGUAAGUUUGGAAUAAGUAUUGACAUCUUCAACUCCCCCAUUAAUGGAUUGUGUAAAUCUGUAAAGCUUGAAAUUGCUCUGGAGCUGUUUAACCA